AUGGCGUUACCGAUGUUGAGACGUUGCUGCGGUUGCCUGUCUUUAGAGAAAGGCUGCUUUAUACUUUGUAUCUUAUCCACACUGUCAUGCGUAGCAGCUAUCAUAGGCGGGUCGUGGAGUCUCCCGCGUCACAGGGAGCGCGAGCAGGAGGACAACCUCAUAUCCAUGACGCUGGUCAUGUUCUCCACAUUGUCUGCCAUUAGCAAUAUUGUGGCUUUGGUGGGCAUUGGGACGCGGAGACCAGGCUGUCUCCAGAUGUCUCUACUAUUCAACUCAGUGUUCAUCCUGUGCCUCUUUCUUGUGGUGGUCGUCACGUGUCUCUUCAGUCCAGAGCUCAGUCCAUACCUCGGAGAGCCCUGGAACAUCGCCCUGAUUGUGUUAUUUAUUGUAAUAGGGACUGUGUAUUCUGCAUACUAUUUGGUGAUAGUGAACAGUCUGUACAGAAAGAUGAAGAUGAACUACAGCGAAACUGCCUUGCCGAUG